AUGACUACUAAUGUAGCCGAAUCUCUGAACAAGGUAUUGAAGGAAUGUCGUGAGUUCCCCCUAAUCUCAAUGCUUGAGGCGAUAAGAAUGAGUCUUAUCAGUUGGUUUGUAAGGAGGAAAAGUGCCUCAGCCGCUGAAAAUCAUGCUGUAAAUCCCAAAGUUCGUGAUAUUUUGGACGAAAACUUCUAUGGUUGCACCGAACUGAAGGUGGUUGCUGUGGGAAGCGAUGAAUACGAAGUUUACAACAGGAAGGGGAACCGGUUCGAAGUGAACCUAGUUUCCAAGUCAUGCAGCUGCAGGGAGUUCCAAAUGCUACUAAUUCCAUGCCGCCAUGCAAUUGCUGCUAGUUCUUGCUGCGGAAUUGAGAUAAAUAAGCUUGUGGGAGAGGUGUACACAACAGAAUACCGGAGAGCCCUUUAUGACGGAGUUUUUCACCCAGUGCCAACACCGGUGAGUUCUGGUAACGAGUUGCUUCCUCCAUUAAUGCGCAGGCCACCGGGGCGUCCAAGGAAAAUCAGGAUACCAUCAAGAGGAGAGUUUAAGAGGCGUGCGAGGAAGGCGGCAAGGAUUUGCAGCAGGUGUCAGGGUAAGGGUCACAACAGAGCUACUUGCAAGCUCCCGGUCAAGGAUAAGUAA